UUCCCCGCAGGCAGCACAGGCGCUGUGCGCACAGCAUGGCCCUCGCACUCGCAGCCCUGCUGUACAUUGGCCUGAGUAUAGACUCUGCAGCCCAAGGUCAGGGGGGAAGCCUCCCUAGACCGGUCCUCCGCGCUGAGCCGGGCUCUGUGGUUGUCCGGGGAAGCACUGUGACCUUGUGGUGUGAGGGGGCCUGGAAGGCCCAGGAGUUCCGUCUAUACAAAGAAGGACACAAAGAUAGGUGGUCCUCAAAAAUCCCAGGCACACCCGGGAACAGGACCGCCUUCUUCAUCUGGUCCAUGACAAAGGACAACGCUGGGCGCUACUUCUGUUUCUACCAGAGCCCUGCUGGCUGGUCAGACCACAGCGAGCCCCUGGAGCUGGUGGUGACAGAAAAUUCUUCAAACAGUUUUACUUUACCCUCAGAACCAGACUCCAGACCUAACUGUCCCCCUGCGGAUCACACAGCCCAGAACCUCCUUCGCCUUGGUCUGGCACUCCUGGUGCUGGUGGCCCUGGUGUGGCUGCUGGCUGAGGACUGGCUGAGCAGGAAGAAGUGCAGGCUGGAGCUGCAGGCUGGGGACGUGGGAGAUGGCAGACGGCUGGGUGGCCCUGGGUGAAUGGCAGGAGCCACGGUGCCCACCCGGGAGGAGAAGCCGGGCUCUUGAGCUGCCUGAACUGUGAUGGGCAGACUGAGGAGGGCAUUGCAGGAAAUGGGGGACCAUCACCCGGAGUGGGGGCGGAAGGAGUUCUGUGUCCCUGUCCAUAAAUCCUUACUUUUUCUGCCACAUUUGAAGUACUUUGACUACUGUAUUGAAAGUAGUUUUUCUAUCUUAUAUUAAAUGCCAUGCUUUCAUGA